AAGUGAAGCGUGGCGCAACCUGAUUUGCCGCUGUCACUGUCUCGUCCGUCCCCGACACCGUUCUGGGAUCCAUGCGAUCGCGUCCGAUCCCCAGUACCGAAGCCGUCGGUGACCGCAGGUACCGAGGUCCUCCCACACGUGCAAGCCCAUCUGAACUCCCCGCCGAGUCGUCGACGAAUCCCCUUCCACCGACUCGACGCAACCCACGCCUCACCAGCCUUCGUCCCACUUUCCGCAGCGCAUCUCCCCGCCUCCGAUCUCGACCGUUUGCGGCUCAUCCGACGGUUGCUGCGGCUCACGUACGGGUCAGGCCCACGUUCCGCUAACUUACCCAGCUCGCCGCCUUCCAAGCUCGAGUCCUCCGUUCCGUUCCAGAUAAAUCCGUUUCGGUUCUUUUUCUCCGUGGGGCUCGACCGCUUCCAUCACGCUCUCGGAAGGAUGGCGUUCGUCGACGCCGACAAGCUCAGUUACGAGAUCUUCUCCGUCCUCGAGAGCAAGUUCCUCUUCGGCCUCGACGACCCCAACAAGCUCUUCUUCCCCACUUCCUCCUACUCCUCAGCUGGCGCCUCCCCCCGGACCGCCGCAGGUGCCCGAGGAAGGAUCCGGAUCCUGUCCAUCGACGGCGGCGGCAGCCCCUCCGAUGCCCUCCUCGCCGCGGUCGCCCUCGCCCGGCUCGAGUCCUCCCUCCGUCACCGUUCCGGCGACCCAUCCGCCCGCGUUGCCUACAUGUUCGACGUCGCGGCCGGCUCCGGCGCCGGCGGCGUCCUCGUCGCGAUGCUCUUUACCAGGGACCACGACGGUCGGCCCUUGUUCUCCGCAACCGACGCCCUGCACCUCCUCCUCUCCGAGAGCCGCCGCCGCGGGCGCGGCUUCUCCUCCGGGAGGGGCCUAUUCCGUGGGAUGUUCCGUCGACCCGGGAGUUUCUUCCGUCGGAUCUUCGGCGACGCGACGCUGAGGGACACCGUCAAGCCGGUGCUCAUCCCGUGCUACGACCUCGCCACCGGGGCGCCGUUCCUCUUCUCGCGGGCUGACGCGGUAGAGGCAGACGGGUACGACUUCCGGAUGUGGGAAGUGUGCGCGGCCACGUGCGCCGACGCAUCCACCGCGGCGGUCGAUCUGCGGUCGGUGGACGGGCGGACGCGCGUCACCGCGGUGGGCGCCGGGGUGGCGAUGGCCAACCCUGUGGCCGCGGCCAUCACGCACGUCCUCCACAACAAGCCGGACUUCCCGUUCGCGGCCGGGGUGGAAGACCUCAUGGUGGUGUCUCUCGGCGCUUCCGCCCCCGCGCCAGCCGCACCGGGUGCCGCUGAGCUCGUCAGGAUCGCUGGCGAGGGAUUCGCCGACAUGGUGGAUCAAGCGGUGGCGACGGCAUUCGGACACCGUAGAGCAAGCAAUUACCUGCGCUUACAGGACACCGCAUUCAUGUCGGGAAAUUGCAUGUCAAAGACGACGAGCUCGAAGAGCUCGGUGGAGGCAACAGAACGCGUUCUGUCACAGCGACACGUGGAGUCGCUGCUCUUCAGAGGGCGAGGAAAGAUCUCGGAGCGGACCAACGGCGACGAGCUCGACCAAUUCGCGGAGGAGCUCGUAAAGGAGGAGGAGUGGAGGAAGAAGGGCCCGAUCCCGACGGUGGUGCUAAAGCAAGUGAUGACGCCACGAACGUCGUCGACGACGACCGCGACUACGGUCACCGUUACCACGACUAUUUCUACGAGCACGACAUCGACAUGAUGGAGACGGUGGAGUCGAGAUAGCUGCUUGUGCAUAGACUGUUGUGGGUUCUAAAAUAUGUGUUUUCCUUAGUGGAGGGUAUGACAUGGGAAAUCAAUUCAAGCUUGGAAAUUGUUCGCUAAAUUAUUAACGCGGUAGAAAUGUGAAUUUGGAUCUCUCAUAUUAAUUGUGUUUGGAAUUCAAGAUGGACACUAUUUUACCUUAGAACUUAUGAUUCCCAAUUAUAUGUGAUCAUCUAAAUGAUUUUUGGAACAUAAUGGCUUUCUUUGGAAAAAAUCAACAUAUGAUAGCAUUAAGAAGCAAUCUAAAACCCAAGUAUAAUCGAGCGUUGGAGUCAAAAUAGCACUCGUUUGACCAAUGUGAUGUAGUUGCAUUAUUGAAGGGUUUAACCUCUGAACUACAAUGAGGCUGACUUCUCACUCGAGUUGAUGAUGAACACAUCACUGAGAGUGAAGUGACAAGACUGGUGCAACUCUAGGUUUGGCAAGACGAGCCACGGCCCACUGCAUGAGCGCCAAGGAGUUGCUGGCAUCUGGAAAGUAGUAGUAACCUUAUGCUAAAAUAAAGAUUCAGUCAGACAAUGCUAUUACUGUGGGUUAACCUCUUAAAAGAGGUGAAGACAGUGCUAUUACUCCCAUUGUUAACACAGCUCAUGAUAUGUAAUAAAGAAUGAUGCACAUAUAACAAUGGGAGUUUGCUCAAGAACAUUCUUGGUAAUUACUUUCUUAACUAUAUAUAUAUAAUGAUGUGCAGAUGACAAUGGGAGGUUGCUGAAGAACUUUCUUGGUAACUUACCUUGAGUCAACUCUGGUCUCUAAGAUUCCACAGCUGAUACCCACAAGAGUAAGACAAAUCUAUUUGUGUGAUCCAAUGCACAAGAAAGGAUCUGUACCUCUAUUUGUUGGUUUUGUUUCUUCCUAUGCUGUGGUAGCAUCUCUGGGGAUUUGCACUAUUGUCCUUGGAUGUGUAGUUUAACAGCUUAAGAUUUAGUGCCAAAGGCAGGGAUAGGGAUGAAUGCAACCCUUGUCAGUCCCUUCCAUAGUGGCUAAUCAGAACACUAGUCAUUAUUAGA